AGAGUGAAAUUCAACAAAGAACCAGAAAUGGAAACAUUAACAGCAAGCUCUGUUCUGCUAUCUUUUGCCAGUAUACUUGUUGUGAUAGGGUUUUUCAAAGUGGUAAACUGGGUAUGGCUGAGGCCCAAGAAAGCGGAGAAAUGGUUCAGACAGCAAGGUCUGUCUGGUACUUCUUACAAGCUAUUGCUCGGAGACAUGAAAGAUUACUCGUUGCUGCGCACUCGGGCCUUAGAAAAACCCAUGACCAGCUUCACCAAUGAUUAUUUCCCGCGUGUUGAUCCACUUGCUCAUCAGCUUGUCACCAAAUUCGGAAAGGACUACUUUGUUUGGGCUGGUCCUAUACCGAUGAUUAGCAUCUCAAAGCCAGAGUUAACCAAGGAGGCUUUCAUGAAGACCAAUGAUUUCCGAAAGGCAAAGUUCAACCCCAUUUUUGAUAAGCUUUUCCCAGGACUUGUUAGCUAUGAAGGAGAACAAUGGGCCAAACACAGGAAGAUCAUCAACCCUGCCUUCCAUGUGGAGAAAUUAAAGCUUAUGUUGCCAGCAUUCAGAGAUAGUUGUGAAGAGAUGAUCAAUAAAUGGGAGGUGAUAGUUGCUGAAACGGGUACAGGGGAGCUAGAUGUGUGGCAGGAUCUAAUGAAACUCACCGCUGAUGUGAUAUCUAGAGCAGCAUUUGGUAGCAACUAUGAGGAGGGGCAAAGGAUAUUUGAACUUCUGAAAGAACAGACAGAUUUAGCUCUCCUGAUGAUGCACUCAGUUUACAUCCCAGGAUUCAGAUACAUUCCAACACCGAGAAACAGGAGAUUUAAAAACAUAGAAGAUCGUAUUCACAGUUCACUGAGGAAAAUUAUCAACAAGAGAAAGGUGGAAAUGGAGGCUGGAGAAGCGGUAAAGAGUGAUCUGUUAGGUAUACUUAUGGAUUCUAAUUUAAAGGAAAUCCAACAAGCUGCUGGCAGUAACAAGAAUCAGCAUGCUGGGAUGAAUCUUCAAGAGGUAAUUGAUGAGUGCAAAUUAUUCUAUUUGGCUGGACAAGAAACUACAUCAACACUAUUAGUUUGGACACUGAUUUUAUUGAGCAAGCACCAAGACUGGCAAGCACGAGCACGGGAAGAAGUCUUGCAAACAUUUGGGAACAAUGUGCCAGACUUUGAAGGUUUAAACCAUUUGAAGACAGUGACAAUGAUACUUUAUGAGGUCCUGAGAUUGUAUCCACCAGUAAUUCAACUGUCACGAAGGAUUGACAAAGAUACAAGUCUAGGUGCAUUAUCACUUCCUUUGGGCACUUUAAUCACUUUCUCAAUACUUUCUAUUCACCGAGAUAAGGAAUUUUGGGGUGAUGAUGCACAAGAAUUCAAACCAGAUAGGUUCGCUGAAGGGAUUUUCAAGGCAGCAAAAGGUAAUAACUCAUUUUUUCCCUUCGGAUGGGGACCAAGAAUAUGCAUAGGGGAAAGGUUUGCUAUGACUGAAGCUAAAAUGGCAAUAUCCAAGAUUCUACAACGUUUUUCCCUUGAGAUUUCACCCUCUUACGUUCAUGCACCCAUGAAUGUUAUGUUUCUACAGCCUCAACAUGGUGCUCAUAUAAUCUUACACAGGCUCAAAUAAUCCACCGAUAAUCUUAUGUUACAAAUUGAUUUCAUUUUUUGAUGCAGCCAUUGAUUAUUAAUGAAAAUAUGUAAUACUUACAUGACCAACUAAUGAAAGUAAGAUAUAGAUAUUUCUUGAAAAUG